AUGUCUUCUGAACCAUUUCAAAACGUGAUUCUGCUCCCACAAACAAACCAGCUCUUGGGCCUCUACACAAUUAUUAGAGAUCAAAACACGCGCAGACCGGAUUUCAUCUUUUAUGCAGACCGUAUCAUUCGUCUUCUCGUGGAAGAAGGCCUCAACCAUCUUCCAGUAACACCGAAGAUAGUGGAGACUUCUACAAAUCAAAAAUUUGACGGUGUGUCAUUUUUAGGCAAAAUUUGCGGAGUUUCCAUUGUCAGAGCCGGUGAGUCGAUGGAACAGGGUCUUAGGGAAUGCUGCCGUUCUGUACGUAUUGGCAAGAUAGUGAUUCAGAGAGAUGAGGAAACCGCUUUGCCAAAACUUUUCUACGAAAAGUUGCCAGAGGAUAUUGCUGAUAGAUAUGUGUUUCUGCUGGACCCUAUGUUGGCCACUGGUGGGAGUGCUGCCAUGGCCAUCGAAGUUCUCAUCAAAAGAGGUGUCAAGCCUGAAAGGAUUUUCUUCCUCAACUUGAUUUGCAGUCAGGAAGGUAUUGAUCUUUUCCAUGCCAGAUUCCCUGAAGUUAAGAUUGUGACUGGCGCUAUCGAUUCCGGUCUUGACGAAAAUAGAUACCUGGUUCCAGGACUGGGAGAUUUCGGUGACAGAUAUUAUUGCAUUUAG